AUGUCAAUAUUCCGUCUCGCACACUUGACAGCCGAGCAAAUUCAACUGGACUGACUCCGCCUUGCUCAUGCGGGACUUGUCCACAGGCUUUUCAUACUACCGCGUGCCUGUCUCUAUACCCGGUGCUCUCUGACGGAGUGAGCUCUCUCCACAAUCCCCCAGUCACUCACCAGUGAGGAGCAGUCUGACGCACCGGACCAGCAGCAGCCAGGACUCUUCCCGGGAGUGUGUGGCCACCGAGCAACAUGUUCCCAGCGUGGAGACGGGGAAGGCGCACCGGGGGCUCGACAGUGGCGCAGCAGACCAUGGUUACAACUGGACGGACUGGACAAGUCGGAGAGGUGUGGGUGUCCUGUUGGAUUCUGCUGUCGGCGACUUCCAUCCUCAGCGCUCAGGCUCAAGUAGAUGAUGUCCCACCUUAUUUUAAGAUGGAGCCUCCUCAGACCCAGGUUCACCUGGAGGGGAACCGCCUGGUCCUAACCUGCAUGGCAGAGGGCAGCUGGCCCCUAGAAUUCAAAUGGAUCUACAAUGGUACCGAACUUACACGUUUCUCCUUGGAAUACAGGUACCUGAUCCCUUCGCUGGACCGGCUGCACGCCGGCCACUACCGCUGCAUUGUGAGGAAUCGAGUGGGCGCUAUAAUGCAGUGCAGUACUGAAGUGCAGGUUGCCUAUAUGGGUGGUUUUGUGGAGGGUGAAAGGUCUCAAACUGUAUCCCAGGGUGAGGGUGCUCUCAUCCACGCCCCGCAGAUACACAGCUUCCCCAGGCCACAGAUCACCUGGUUCAGAGAUGGCCGUAAGAUUCCCUCCAGCAGCCGAAUUGCAAUCACCCUGGACAACACGUUGGUCAUCUUGUCCACUGUGGCCCCUGAUGCGGGACGCUACUACGCCCAGGCAGUCAAUGACAAGAAUGGGGAGAACAAAACCAGUCAGCCCAUCACACUCACAGUGGAGAAUGUGGGAGGUCCUGCAGACCCCAUCGCCCCCUCUAUCAUCAUCCCCCCCAAGAACACCAGUGUAACCAUGGGGAGAAACGAGGCUAUCAUGGAGUGUGUUGCCAAUGCGAGACCCCUUGUCAAAAUGAGUAUUACUUGGAGGAAAGACGGGGUACUGGUCAACACGGGGAUCCGAGAUUUCGGCCGUAGAGUGGUCAUCAGUUCGCCUGCAGUCAGUGACAGUGGCUACUACGAGUGUGAGGCAUCACUCCGCAGUAGCAGUGUCCCCUCAGUCACUGCCGGGGCCUUCCUGCAUGUUCUCGAGUAUCCUCUGUUUGUCAAAGAGCCGCUAAGUCACAUCAGUGCAGAGAUGGAGAAGGUGGUGGAUAUCCCCUGUCAGGCACGAGGCACACCGCAGCCAGACAUAGUGUGGUAUAAAGACGCUGUGCCCAUCAGCCCGGUAAAGAUCCCCAGGUACAGGGUGUUGGUAGGAGGUAGUCUACAGAUCAACGGUCUCCUGCCAGAUGACACAGGGAUGUUUCAGUGCUUUGCCCGCAAUCCCGCAGGAGAGAUCCAGACAAACACCUAUCUAGCUGUUACUAGUAUCGCUCCUAACAUCACUGCUGGCCCCUCUGACAGCGCCGUUAUUGACAGCAUGUCAGUCAUUCUUCAUUGUGAGACCUCAGGAGCCCCACGGCCAGCCAUCACCUGGCAGAAAGGUGAACGUGUCUUGGCCAGUGGCUCUGUCCAGCUGCCCAGGUUCACCCUGCUGGAGUCGGGCAGCCUGCUAAUCAGUCCAUCCCACCUGUCUGAUGCUGGUACCUACACCUGCAUGGCCAGUAACUCCAGGGGCAUUGAUGAAGCUUCAGCCGACCUAGUGGUCUGGGCACGUACCCGCAUCACUAAACCGCCACAAGACCAGAGUGUCAUCAAAGGGACAAAGGCUGUUUUGACCUGUGGUGUGACCCAUGACCCCAGUGUCACUGUCAGGUAUGUGUGGGAGAAGAGUGGCUCAGUGAUUGACGUGAACACGUUGCCCCGCCUGCGGCUGGAUCCCGACGGGACCCUGCACAUCUCCCAGACGUGGUCGGGUGACAUUGGAACAUACACCUGCAGGGUGACCUCAGUGGGUGGUAAUGACUCCCGCAGUGCCCACCUCAGAGUCAGGCAGCUGCCUCAUGCUCCAGAAAACCCAAUAGCAGUUCUGAGUACCACAGAGAAGAGGGCCAUCAACCUUACAUGGGCCCAGGCCUUUGAUGGCAACAGCCCCCUGAUCCGCUACAUCCUGGAGGUCUCAGAAAACAAUGCCCCUUGGACGGUACUGCUGGCCAACAUUGAACCAGAGUCUGUCGGGGUUACUGUUGGUGGCCUCAUCCCAGCGCGAUCGUACCAGUUCCGCCUGUGCGCCGUCAACGAUGUCGGCAGAGGCCAGUUCAGCAAAGAAACUGACCGACUAACUCUCCCUGAAGAGCCUCCCAGCGCCCCCCCUCAGACAGUCAUCGCAAGUGGCCGCACCAAUCAGUCCAUCAUGAUCCAAUGGCAGCCACCCCCGGAGAGCCAUCAGAAUGGUCCCCUCCAGGGCUACAUCAUCAGGUACUGUCUGUCAGGGCUUCCAGUGGAUUGUCAGAUGAAAAACAUUACCAACCCAGACCAGAACAGUCUGCUCCUGGAGGACCUCAUCAUCUGGACCAACUAUGAGAUCGAGGUAGCAGCCUAUAAUGGAGCAGGAAGGGGCACCUACAGCCACAAAGUCACUGAAUGGACACUGCAAGGAGUGCCCACUGUGCCACCAGGAAAUGUACAAGCCGAGGCUGUCAACUCCACCACGGUGCGUUUUACCUGGAGUGCCCCGAGCCCUCAGUUUAUCAAUGGAAUCAACCAGGGAUAUAAGCUGUUGGCGUGGGAACCCAGUCGUUCAAACGAGGUCGCUGUGGUUACGGUGCGUCCCAACUUCCAGGACAGCGUUCAUGUUGGUUACAUCUCUGGCCUGAAAAGGUUCACAGAAUACUACACAUCGGUAUUGUGCUUCACCACCCCCGGAGACGGCCCACGCAGUCCACCACAGCGGUUACGCACCCAUGAGGACACCCCUGGUGCUGUGGGCCACCUUAGCUUCACUGACAUCUUGGACACCUCGCUAAAAGUCAGCUGGAAGGAGCCUCAAGAGAAAAACGGUGUUCUCACCGGCUAUCGUAUCUCCUGGGAGGAGUUCAACAGGACCAAUACUCGAGUGACCCAUUAUUUGCCCAACCUAACGCAGGAGUACAAGGUGACUGGGCUCACUGCCCUCACCACUUACACCAUCCAGGUAGCAGCCAUGACCUCCAAGGGCCAGGGCCAGCUCUCAGCCUCCACUAUUUCCUCUGGUGUACCCCCAGAGUUGCCCGGUCCUCCGACCAAUUUAGCCAUCUCCAACAUCGGCCCUCGCUCUGUCACGCUGCAGUUCAAACCUGGUUAUGAUGGCAAGACAUCCAUAUCCCGUUGGCAAGUUGAAGCCCAGAUUGGUAUAAUAGGAGAGAAUGAAGAGUGGCUGAUGGUUCAUCAGCUGGCUAAUGAACCUGAUGCUAGAUCACUGGAGGUCCUGGACCUGAACCCCUAUACUUUCUACAGAUUCAGAAUGCGUCAGGUAAACAUUGUGGGCACCAGUCCACCCAGUCAGCCCUCCAGGAAGAUCGAGACCCUGCAGGCCCCUCCAGACAUCUCCCCCGCCAAUGUCACCCUACGCACAGCCAGUGAGACGAGCCUGUGGCUUCGCUGGGUGCCUCUUCCAGAGUGGGAAUACAAUGGGAAUCCAGAUCUCGUUGGCUACCGGGUCCAGUACUCUAAAGCCGGGUCUAAAGGGGGAGUUCUCUCCCAUGUCAUCAUGGACCGGCUGGAGAGGGAGUUCACAAUUGAGGACCUGGAGGAGUGGACAGAGUAUGAGGUCAGAGUUCAGGCCAUCAAUGGCAUUGGCUCUGGGCCCUGGAGCCAGCCAGUCCACGGCAGGACCAGGGAGUCGGUGCCCUCCAGUGGUCCCACCAACGUGUCAGCUUUCGCCACCACCUCAAGCAGCAUCCUGGUGCGGUGGGGGGAAGUCCCAGAGACUGACCGCAAUGGACUCAUCCUGGGGUACAAGGUUGUGUAUAAGGAGAAGGACUCAGACACAGCUCCAAACUUUUGGACAGUGGAGGGCAACACCAGCCACAGUGUCCAGCUGAGUGGUCUGGGCAAGUAUGUCCUGUAUGAGAUCCAGGUCCUAGCCUUCACACGUAUAGGAGAUGGAAGGAGCAGCUCACCAUCCAUUUUAGAGAGGACCCUGGAUGAUGUACCAGGCCCUCCAGUCGGCAUCCUCUUCCCAGAAGUCAGGACCACCUCAGUCAGGCUGAUUUGGCAACCUCCUGCGCAGCCCAAUGGCAUUAUCUUGGCCUAUCAGAUCACAUACAGAAGAAACUCUUCAAACAGCAACGCCGCCACCGUAGACGUGCUGAGUCCCAGCGCGCGACAGUACACAGCGUCUGGACUGAAACCAGAAAUGGUUUAUGUAUUCCGCCUCACUGCUCAGACACGAAAGGGUUGGGGGGAGGCUGCUGAGGCAUUGGUGGUCACAACAGAAAAGAGAGCCCGACCACAACCCACGAGCCGACCCAUAGUGCCUCAAGAGGAAGUCCACGCUCGCAGAGUGCUGUUGUCAUGGGAACCAGGCAGUGACGGCCUCUCCCCAGUUCGUUACUAUACAGUCCAGUACAGAGAGCUGCCUGACAGCAACUGGACUGUCCACUCUGCAUCAGUCAGCCACGAGACACACUCCUACAUAGUGGAUAGGUUAAAGCCUUUCACCUCUUACCAGUUCCGUGUAAAAGCCACCAAUGACAUUGGUGACAGUGAAUACAGCCAGGAGAGUGAGGCCAUCACUACGCUACAGGACGCCCCAGACAAAGCUCCGACAAUUCUGUCUGUUACACCUCACACCACCACGUCCGUACUGGUCCGUUGGCAGCCGCCCUCUGAGGAUCACAUAAAUGGAGUCCUGUUGGGGUUCAGAGUCAGGUACCGGGAGUUACACUAUGACCGUCUACGCAGCUUCACUAUCCGCACAGUUAACAGUCCUUCUGCCAACUGGGCUGAUCUCACUGCUCCUUACAGCAUCAGGAACUUGAGUGAAUCCUCGCUCACCCAAUAUGAACUGGAGAAUUUGAGUAAACACAAACGCUACGAGAUCCGUCUCAGUGUGUAUAACGCUGUGGGGGAGGGUCCCAGCAGUGCGCCACACGAAGUGUUUGUUGGAGAGGCGGUCCCAACAUCCCCUCCCCAGAAUGUGGUGGUCCAGUCCUCAACAGCCACACAGCUGGAUGUCACAUGGGACCCUCCUCCUCUGGAUGCUCAGAAUGGGGACAUACAGGGUUACAAGAUAUAUUUCUGGGAGUUUCAGCUCCAGAAUGAGACAGAGCGCCUGCGUACUCUGUUCCUGCCGGAGCUCGGGGUGAAACUUAAAAACCUGACAGGCUACACCACCUACAUGAUCAGUGUGGCGGCCUUCAAUGCUGCAGGGGAUGGACCCCGCUCCCUGCCCACCAGAGGGCGCACUCAGCAAGCAGCGCCGAGUGCUCCCAACUUCAUCCACUUCAGUGAGUUGACCACCACUUCGGUCAAUGUGUCCUGGGGAGAGCCCAAGCAGGCCAACGGCAUCAUUGAGGGCUACCGCCUGGUUUAUGAGCCCUGCACUCCGGUCGAUGACUCCUCUCCUCGCACUCCAGGUGUCAGUAAGAUAGUGACAGUAGAUGUGAAGGGCAGCGCUCCCCUGUGGCUGAAGAUCAAAGACCUGGUUGAUGGCGUCACCUAUAACUUCCGCAUCCGAGCCAAAACACUCACAUAUGGCCCAGAGGUGGAGGCCAAUAUCACUACUGGGCCUGGAGAAGGAGCCCCAGGCCCUCCUGGAGAACCCUUUAUUUCUCGGUAUGGCCCUGCCCUCACACUGCAUUGGACCAGUGGUGAUCAAGGCCGUGCACCCAUCACACGAUACGUCAUCGAGGCAAGACCCUCUGAUGAAGGAUUGUGGGAUAUCCUUAUCAAAGACAUUCCUAAAGAAGUGACAUCCUACACACUUAACCUGGACAUGCUACGAGAAGGGGUCACCUAUGACUUUCGAGUAAUUGCAGUCAACGACUAUGGCUAUGGGUCACCCAGUGCCCCCUCCCCCUCUAUAUCAGCCCAGAAAGUGUCUCCGUUCUACGAGGAGUGGUGGUUCCUGGUUGUUAUCGCUCUGGUGGGCCUCAUCUUCAUCCUCCUCCUUGUUUUCAUCCUCAUCAUCCGAGGCCAGAGUAAAAAAUACACCAAAAAAGCAGAUUCAGUGUCAUCCUCAUACCCCUGUCCAGGCAACCACUCCAACUGCACAGCUCUGCCACUGACCCACGGAGAGAUGGUGCGCCUGGACGAGGGACGCUUCCCAUCCCUGGAGCUGAACAACAGACGCCUCUCCGUGAAAAACUCCUUUUGCCGCAAGAACGGCAUCUAUACACGGUCUCCACCAAGACCCAGUCCUGGAAGUCUGCACUACUCAGAUGAGGAUGUCAGCACUAAGUACAACGACCUGAUCCCAGCAGAGAGCAGCAGUCUGACCGAGAAACCCUCUGAGAUAUCUGACUCACAGGGCAGCGACAGCGAAUAUGAGAUGGAUCAGAGCCGGCAGAAGACCCACUCUUUUGUCAACCACUACAUCAGCGACCCCACCUACUACAACUCCUGGCGACGGCAGCAGAAGGGCGUUUCUCGUCCACCGGCGUACGGAUACUCCCAGCCCGAGCCCCUGGUGGAACAGGAGUCACGGCAGCACCCGCCACCUGUGCCCCCUUUGCCACCGCUCCUCCCCCAGAGCGCCCCGUCCCCACAGCCCCAGUGUCAGGGCCAGGGUACUCUGUUCAGGUCUAAGGGAAGCCGGACUCCCACCCCCUCCCUGCUGUCCUCCGAACCCACCAGCCAGCACAGCACCCUCUACCGACCCCCCAGCAGCCUGGGCUGUGCCGCUCAGCCACCUACCGCUGGCUUCUCCUCUUUUGUUUGACACACAGCUCUCCUUCCAAUAACAACAGGACCCUGAGGACGAGUCUUUGAUUUUGUUGUUGUUGGUUUAUUUGUAUUUUGCUCUUCUUCUUCUUCUUCUUUAUUUUGAUCUUUUGUUGUUUUUUUCUGUCUACUUGACAGAGUUGUUGCUCAAUAUUAAGCAUUGCAGGCAUCUUGAAUAGCGUUUUCUCCUCUGUGAAGAGUGUGUGUGUAUGAUUGUGUGUAGCGCGUAUGAUUGGUUAAUCCAUGUAAUAUGUAUUUUAUGAAAAGACAAUCAUUUGACAGUUUUUAUGCAUUGCUUAAGUAAAAUUAUUUGAAGGUACAACCAUGUAAACAAGGGAGAAUAGAACCUGAGGUUCCGAAAAAAGAAAACCUUGUUUUAAAAACACUGUAUUAUUGUUUAAUAUGAGAGCUUUGUGGAAAAACAACCACCUUAGCACCAUAUAGAUUAUGGACCACUUGGCUUGCUGAGACUGGACAAUGGAAAAACCCACUCUAAUGGAAUAAUGUGAUGUUUGGACAAAGGACAAACUGAUAGUGAGAAUUGGACUCUGACUUUGAGAGAGGCACUGGUGGUCACUGUGGCCCUCAGCUGCCUGUGAGUUUCUCACUCUGCCUAAUAAUUGUUAGACCUGCAUUAUGUGUUUGCUAUAUGUACUUGGCUCAUAUUGUUUACCAGAUAUUUAUAUCAAUCAGCUUCAAGCUAAACAUUUUCAGAACAUCGCUAGUGACAAUGUUAUGAAUCACAUUAAAGCAUUGUGGCACCUUUAACGUAGUCUUGAGAAUGUGUUGAUUGUGUGCUGGUACUCAUGCCAGUAGAUAUACAAGCUAAAACAACUUUCAUAAUGUGCAUCUGUUUGCUUUUGUGUUAUUCCCAGAAUAUGACUAAGGACCAAAAGCACAAAUCUUCUUGGUUCAAAUGAUAUCAUCCCAUCACAACCACAUCACAACAUUAUGUUGUUAAUAGCUGUCAGAAAAGUACAAUAAUUACUGUCUUUGAACAGGUUACUAAGACAUAAUUAAUAAAAGAUGUGAUGAGUUUGCAUAGUAGGUUUACUAGAUGGUUGACCAGAUCAAAACUGUCACAUUUUUUUCACAACAGAGACCAAACUGAAAUCUCUGCAUCUUUUUAAAAAUGCAAAAAUAAAAUAAAAAUUGUUUUGUGGACACUGCGAAACAGACAACACAAAAUUUGUCACUUGCUGACAGUAAAAAUUGUAAAGUUUAUGUUAUGUAUUUUACAAUCACAGUUUGUUCACAAGGUUGAUGGAUAACAACAGGACACAGGUAUAAUGCAUGAAAUGCACCAAUGCUUGUCUUGUGAGAUUAUGUGUGUUACAAUGUAACAUGGCAUUGAUGUGAUUACUGAAAAUGUGUUUUUAUGUUCACAGUUCAUACGUAUUAUUAUGAUGAGAUUUUUUUUUAAAGGAUGCUGGAUCUUUACUUUAAUCUUUACUUUAAAGGUUGAAUGGGACUUGCUGAGCUGGAGGUGGACCCGUAGUGUAUAAACUUAGACAGUCGUUCCAAAAUAUCAUCUGUCAAAUUUCCAAUGUGAACAUCACUGUAUGCAUCAUGAAGGAAACAUUAUGGACCUAUUCAUGGUAGCUCCCUAAAAUAAAUUAUUCUAUUUUGUAA